AUGCAUCAGAAAACAUUGAUCAAGACUAUUUAUCUCAUGAGUCGACCAUCGUUGAGCUGGGCAGUAUCAACAGCCGCUACACUAUGCAACUUGACAAGACCGGUGUAUCGCUACCAUCGAAUUGCAUCAAUCACAAAGCAUGAAUGGUUCAAUGCAACCAGACCAUCAUACUUGAUUGGUAGCAUACAUACAUCAUAUUGCGCUACUCGCCAUCAUUCGAUAUCCAGCAACGACUCUGAUUCUCCAGUAGACGCAGGCUUGAAUGUCUCUGCAGACAGAAUGAUCAUUGGCUUUACAUGUAAAGUCUGUAAACAUCGCUCUUAUAAAUCCAUGUCAAAAAAGGCUUAUACGACUGGCGUGGUUAUGAUCAAAUGCGACGGAUGUAAAAACACACACUUGAUUGCUGAUCAUUUGGGAUGGUUUGAUUCAACGAAACCGCCCGGAACGAUUGAGGAUAUUAUGCGAGAAAAAGGAGAGACUGUUAAACGAGUGCAGUAUCCUAUGCAAUAUCACAUUAGUAGAAGCAAUGCGACCAAUAAAGAUGACUCGACUGAACACGACACUGAUGUUGAUAUGAGCAUGACUGGAAUGUCAGAAUGGCAUCCUGAUGCGACUGCAGAUGCGAUUGAAAAUGUGAUUGCAGAUGCAGAAACGGAUAUGAUUACAUUGCAAGAACAAAAUAAUGAAUCUAUCAAGAACCAAACUCGGAUAAAAUAA